AUGUCGGAAGCCACAAGUAGCAGCAUCAGAGACAAAGUCAAAUCACCGGGUACAAAUAUCCCUGUGUUCUGUGUGGAAAAAUUCUACAUAAAGCUAGACGAUUAUCUUGUGGAACACAAACAGAAAUGUGAUUGUGGUAAAGAUAAACCAAGUGAUAGAACUUACAUUUCCCUCGAGAAAUGUGCUAUGAAGACAGUUACCGUUAGUUCUUGUUUGUAUAAUGUUAAUCUUGUCAAUAUUGUAAUAGUUCAGUUGAAUGUCACUCAAGUGAAGUACCAACGGAGUCGUAACGACCCCCUGCGGAUCACGCCUUACGUAAAGGUCCAGCUCGGUGAAAAGUCGGUUUACGUGCCAGCAGCAAAAGAGGAGACAGACCAGGAGGAUAGCUCUGCCGACUCGGAAUUCCCAGGGAAAUUCUGCGAGGUCCGGGGACGCAGAUCUAAGCGAUUUAUCGUUAUGAGCCCGAAGGUGAUAACACGCAGCGCGUCCUCGCACCGUAGAGAUUACUCGGAUAGAUUCUGCGAAGACUGCGGCCUGGAGUUCACCAACGAGAACAACCUGGCCUAUCACAGGGCCCUGAAACACUCGAAAUUGGGGCCCUGCGUGUGCCCCAUCUGCAACAGGACCUUCAGAAACGUCAGCAACCGAAGGGCUCACAUGGUAACUCACAUGGGGACGCGGCCUUACAAAUGCGAACUUUGCGGGGAAGACUUCAAGCAGCGAUCCAAUCUGACCAGGCACAUGCGGAGUCAUCCUGGGAAAUAUUCUCCACCACCCCCGGUUCGCCUUAAGGACAUCAUCGACGAUGUGCAAGACACCGUCCUGUCGAAUUUAUCUUGA